CACCUUAUCAGCGCCCGUCAACCAAAAAAAAAAUGAAUCUUACCAACUUUAGUCACUCUCGUAUCCUUUUACUUGGACCUGCUUAACAAUGGCAGUGUGAUUCCUGUGCAUUCUGAUUCGUAUAAGAGGGGACGGACGGCUGCAGAACUGGAAUUUGCGCCACUCUCCUGCUUAGCCAAAAUGACAUUCGGGGCACCUCAGCUUAUUAUCGUCGGAUUGGGAAACCUUCCGAUGCCUCUUACCCGGCAUAGCGUUGGCCAGCUCGUGGUAGAUGCGCUGGCUAGCAGGCUCGGCAUACAUCUAUCCUCCAACCGUCGUGGAAUAUCCGGCCAAGGGACUGUUUUGCUUGCAGGAAGACCCAUCGCACUGACGCUCUUCAAGUCAAAAAAACUCAUGAAUAUAUCCGGACCGUCAAUCGUCGAGGCCUAUCGCGCAACCGUGUCUUCACCUUCAUCCAUGAUUGUCAUUUCUGACUCGCUUUCUCACAAACCACAAACCCUCUCGGCGCGCCUCGGAGGUUCAGCAAACGGACACAACGGCCUCAAAAGUAUCAUGGCAGCUCUGGGCGGCGAAAACAGGUUUUGGCAGUUCCGAGCAGGAAUCGGACGUGACGAGUCUGAGACAGCUGACUAUGUACUGCGAAAACUAUCAUCGAGUGAACGUUCGUUCUGGGAGAACGAGGGUCUUGACAAGGUCUUGAAAGAAAUUGAAAAAGUAGUUUCGCAACAGAAGUGAUCCUGCCUCAGAUGAUCGCUCACUCCGGUCCACUUUCUACACACGAGGUGCAGCACGUUCGUAUGCUGAACGUGACAAGGUCCUAUAUAUCAACGGCCGCGAUGGAUACGAUGCUGACACUUCGUGCAUAUUCUCACGAUUUG